AUGGAUGGGUGGAACAUCAGAAAAGCUGGACCAUUACAUACAUCAUUUAAAAAUGGAACAUUAGAGCAAGCACUGCAAGUUAUACUCUUAACUCACAACAUUGCAUUAGGUAAGCUUGCCUGGCAGCAAUAUCAGUAUCGUACCCAACCAUGGGGAGCGGAUAAAGCAGUGGAUGGGCUGUAUUCAGUCAGGUCAGCUGCAGGAGGACAAUGUACAAUAUCGGGGAAUCAAAAACAAACUGCAACCUGGAGGGUUGAUCUAGGAGGAGUACUCAGUGUACAUCAUAUAACUAUCUACUUCAGGACGGACGAUGUAGCGUGGAACGAAAAUAAUGGAUACACGGACCACUUGCUUGGUUUCUCGAUUUACAUCUCAAACACAACCAACAAAGAUGAUGGCUAUCUAUGUUUUAAAGACACUAACUACACCAAGGCUACAGUACCGAAUACUACUACAAUAGAAUGUAUAAACCACGGACAGUACGUCAUCUACUACAAUGAGAGACUUUUUGGAGUUACCUACCCUGUUGGAUAUUCCAAGUACGCAUAUAACGAGCUCUGUGAACUUGAAGUUUAUGGUUGCCCUACCGCAGGAUUUUAUGGAGAAAAUUGUGAUUUAACGUGUCCACAGAAUUGCCAGGAGGGACAUUGUAACAUUGUUGAUGGGACCUGUCUUGGAUGUCUUACCGGAUACAAAGGGCCACGAUGUGAAGAACAAUGUGAUAAUAAUAAAUACGGCUUGGAGUGCAGCCUAACCUGUGGUAACUGUAGCAACGGAGAACAAUGUAAUCACAUGAACGGAAGUUGUCCAAACGGAUGUGACGUUGGGGCUCAAGGAUAUAGAUGUGACGAAGGUUGUGACUUCGGUAGAUAUGGAAAGAAUUGUGUUGAGAUCUGUAACUCCAACUGUAGAGUUUGUAACAGGUUUACUGGUGUGUGUGAGCUUGACUGUUAUGCUGGAUGGAAGGGGACGUUCUGUGAAAAUGAAUGUGAUGGGCGGCAGUAUGGACACAAUUGCAAUCAGUCAUGUGGUUCUUGUUCGAAUUUCGAACAAUGUCACCAUAUAAAUGGGACAUGUUUAAAUGGGUGCGACAAGGGAUAUCAGGGAGAAGAAUGUACAAAAGAAUGCAUUGAGGGACGUUAUGGCUAUAACUGCCAGGACCUGUGUAACAUUAACUGUGGUGUCCCUGGUAGAUGUAACAGAGUUACAGGACAAUGUGAGGGUGGCUGUCAGUCGGGAUGGAAAGGGUCAAAAUGUGACAAUAAAUGUGAUGGUGGUAAAUUUGGAUUAAGCUGUGCACAUACAUGCGGUGUUUGCAUUGAGAAAGAACAGUGUCAUUAUUUGAACGGGACCUGCUUGAAUGGCUGCGGCAGGGGGUAUCAAGGGAAAAACUGUAUACAAGAAUGCGCCUGGGGUUUCCAUGGUUACGGAUGUAAUGAAACAUGCAGCACUGAGUGUUUUAAUGGAACAUGUGACGCAAUGACGGGAGCGUGUCCACAGGUGUCUGCUCCAGAUCCCCAAGAAAUCAACACUGGUCCUAUCAUAGGAGGAGCUGUGACAGUCAUUGUUGUUAGCCUGGCGGUUGUCGUAUUAGUUUUUGUUUUCAGAAGGACAGAGGUAACAGAUGAUGGUGGAUAUCAGGGACUGGGACUCAGGACAGAGGUAUCUGAUAAUGGUUGGUAUCAGGAACUGGGACCACGGACAGAGAUCUAUGAUCAAUCUAAAGACAACGCAGCAUACCAGGAACUGGGUCAAAUAAGUCAACUCUCUCAUUAUGACAAAUUACAUUAG